AUGGGAGCACCGGGCUCGGGAGCACCCGGUUCUACUGGAGGAGGAGGUGGUGGUGGCGGUGGUUAUGGGGGUGGUGGAGGAUACGGAGGCGGUGGAGGUUAUGGAGGUGGAGGUGGUUAUCAACGUGAAGAUUAUGCUUACGGCGGCGGUAGUGAAGGUGAUAAAAUUGUGUUCAUUGAGCAAUCAGGUGGUGGUUACUGCGGUGGCCCAGGUGGCGCUCCUGGUGGUGUUGCAGGUGGUACUGAUGAUGGUCCAAAAAUGCGCCCAGAUGUGUCUUGUUAUUUGGGACCUCGUUAA